UUAGGGUAAAUGGCGCUUCCUUGGGAAUGGAUACUGGACAAACUCGCGCGGCAGCCCGAUGUCUCCACCGAGACGCUGCGAGAGCUCGCAGUGUACGUUCCCAAUGCUGCCGCGAUUCCAUCGCUGUGCAAGGGCCUGGCGCUGCGGCAGCUCCAAGAGAUGCUAGUCUCGGAAGAGAUUUUGGAUCGAGAUUGCGGCGCAGAGGAGCUUAUCUUGGCGCUGGCGUCCCCCGACGAAGAAGUUAGCGGCAUGCUUCAACUGAUUGGUGAUGCCAAUUCCAGGACCGAGUUGUUCCGGUUCGUCCAAAGGAAAAGGCAAGGCUUGGAAGCUCCUGUUCUAGACAAGAUUGCUGAUGACUAUACGAAUGGGCUUUACCCGCCUGUAGCAAGGUCGUUGGAGAAGCAGCAGCAGCAGCAGCAAAGAGGCAUGCCUCCAGUCGACGAAGAAAACGAGCAAAACGAUGGGGUACCACCGGAACGUUUGUCUCCGAGGCAUAUGUCCGUCGGGAGUGAGGACACCACAGUGGUGAUUGACGGAUCCCCGGACAAGGCAUUCAAAUCUCCCCCACGAAGAGGAAGCAUCGAUGAAGUGAGUUGUGAAGGUGAGAAGAAUAGUGUGGAGAAAAAUGGGACAGAGGAUCGCGCUGCACCCUCGGCUCCGCCAGUGCCAGAAAAGCACGCAAAAUUUCAGGAAGGGAGUUGCGAAGGUGAGAAGAACAGUGUGGAGGAAAGGGGGACAGAGAAUCACGCUACACCGUCGGCUCCGCCAGAAAAGCAGCCUUUCGAAGCUCCUAAGAUCAUUCACAGUGGGAAUGUCAGCACACGCAGGUCGAAGAGGAGGAUGCUAAUUGAGGACGACGAUGAACUAUCCCUUUCAGACGUUAAGCCGAAGCUCAAACAAAGAAAGGGGAUGCAUGAGGUAGAAGUUAUAAACUUGGACUCGGACGAUGACCGAGAGGGCUCAAAGGUGGUCGAGAAAGGUAGGCCUGCUGAAAAUGGCCUUGAAGAAGACGAGGAUGGCCGUGAAGGCUCGAAGGCAGUGGAUGAAGAUGAUCCUGAGGGCCCGAAAACAGUCGACAAGAAUGGUCGUGAAAGUUUGGAGACAGGAGAGAAGAACAUUGAAGACGGUCGCGCUAAAGACUCGGACAAAUGCUACAUGUGCGAGCUGCGAGGCAAACUAGUCCGCUGUGACGACUGCCCGAUUGCUCUUCAUCCAAAGUGCAUGGCAAGAGAGCAGAUUCGUGAAGGAGAACGCUGGUCCUGUCCGAAGUGUGUGUACAAGAAAGCCAUGGAAAAGCUUGCCAAGGCACAGUUAGAAGCUGACCGGGCUAAAGAAGAGCUUGAAAGCUUGACAGCAUCGUACCAAGUACUUAAGCAAGUAGAAGACAAGGAAAAGGAGAAACUGGUGGAACAUCAAGUUCAACUCAAAGUUGAGGAACCGUCGGGCUCGAAAGAUGAAGCUCACGCACGGAAACACCGUGCGAGAAGCAGCAGCUCGGAUGAAGAAGAUGACGAGGACGAUGACGACAGUGAUUAUCCACGAAAAACGAAUUCCAAUGGAAGAGCAUCGAUUCCUAAUGUCCGUCGCAAGAAGAUGGUAUGGAACUCACUGGAAGAAGAAACACUCAGGAAAGGCUAUCAGCAGUACGGCUCCAGGUGGACAACGAUACUUCAAUUCGGCAUGGGAAAGUUUCAUCCCAGUAGAACAGGCCAAGAUCUCAAGGACAAGUGGCGGAACAUGAAAAAGAAGAGAGCGUAACUUAUUUCUCCGGCUGAGCUGAGCUACACGUUGCCAAGUUUGCAAACCUCCGAGAAGUCGAGAGGGGGAUCCAGGUACUUCCCAGUGAGCAGGGCCUUGGACAGGUGCUCGUAGAAAGCUUCGGUAAAGUGGAUGCCAUCCCAGCUGACGAACUCGGACGGCUUCAGAGUGGUGCUCUCGGGUUGGAAGUCUUUGCCACAGAGCUUGGUUGAGUUGAAGUUGUAAGCCCCGCCAGUUCCACAGCAAGCCGAGGUCUUGGUUUCGUUUCUAAAGCCUGCUCGACGUGAUCAUCUUAGACUUGCUCGAAGUGACAGAGAAACGUACCAAAGUCGGUGGGCCUGUCCAUUACGUCUAGAGUGAACUUGAAGGCAUCAGCAUAGAGGAGGAGGGUGUUCUUGAGCUUGGAACUCAAAUCCUGGACAAGCUUGUAGAGGGAGCGAUUGAAGGCCUCGGCAACUUCGUUAAGAGGUGACAGGCAUCCUCGCGAGUCCUUGGGCAGGUCUCCAAACACGCUAAGUAUCAAAGGCAUGCAUCCGUGAGGGAAAGAAUUCAGGACCAGGAUUUGGCUCGCACCGCUAUCGGACAGUGUCUGUUAUCAUCCGAGGGAGUCAAGAGCUUUUUGUGGUGUCAAAGGAAAGACGUACCUGGAUAGCGUGAGAAAUCGCUUGGACGACCUGUGGAACGAUCACCACUGUUACGUUGCCGGGGUCCAUUAGCUUCCGGAUGUAAGCACCGAAGAUAUCAUUGGUGCCGACAACGACGACGUGUAGUACACUGCGAAGUUUUCGAGGAAGCUUGGUUUUUCUAUCUGGCAGAGAUGGAAAGAUGAAACCAAGCUCGAGAGAACAGGAUCCUACCAUGGUGAUGGUGAGGCUUUCCAUACGCAUCCUUGACGAAGCGAAGGUAUUGAUCGACUUGGACAGGGAGAUAGAAUGGGACGACGUAACUCGUGUUCAAAGCCGUGGCUCCAGACACCGCAAAGACGAUCCCGUGCUCGUAGUUUGAGUUGAGGCUCUGGAGUAUAGGACCGGGCGAGCUCUUGUGCCGGAAAGCUUGAGCUGCCAAAGAAGAGAUUGGGAAGGAAGAACUAAGUAUCAGCAAUGGCAAGAACAGGAAAAAGCUCUAGUUCUUACCGAAGAAAUCAGUCACCAGGCGACCAUCAGAAUAUCGAUUCGAAGGCUUUCCAAAGUGUGUCAUUCCAUAUGGUAGAUACUCGGCCGCGCUAAUGAAUGGAGAUGCCGCUUGGGCGUUUCCAGUG